UCUUGUAGGUUAGAUAAACAUAAAAAUAAUACUGGUAAUAAGUUCACAUAAGUUUAGUAGUUGACGUUUUAUGAGGACAGUUUAAAAUGAGGGUAAAAUUGACAUAGUUAAAGUUAAAUUAAAAGGUUUAUUUGUUGUAAAUCUUAAUUAGAGUGAUGUAUGUAUAGUGUUUUCUUAAAAAUAUGUCUUAAGCACAUUAUCGGUUUUUUAAAUGUUGAAGUUUAUAUAUCAAGUAAUAAUUACAUUAAAAUGUCAGGAAUAUUAGGAUUUGGAAGAGAAGCAGUAAGAAUAAAAGUAAAGAAAUAUGAAGGAACUCAACUCCCUGAUUAUAGAAAAUUCAGUGUUGACCCUCAGAUAACAUCUUUUGAAGUGUUGCAAAGUAUAUUAUCGAAAGCAUUUGAUCUUAAAAGUGACUUUGCUAUUAGCUAUUCAAUGCAAGAUGUUCAAGGAAAUGAAAUAUACAUGCCUCUACUUUCUGAUUGGGAAUUGGAUGCAGCAUUUUUAAAAGCUCAUAAUUUGUCUUUGAACAGCAAUGCUGAACCUUGUCUUUCAUUACGUGUUGAUUUAAAACCGUUUGAAGAAUGCUCUGAUGAUUGGGAAGUUAGGAACAAUGUUCCAGUUAUUACACAACUUAGAACAGGAACAGCUCAAGAAGCUAAACCCUCUCCCCGCUUCCAUGGCAUUAUCAAUCAGAUGGGGAAAACGUUUAAUAUGGUUCAAAAAGUAUUAAACUUCGGUGAUGAUGGUAGUGCGUCGUUGCAACCCCCACGACCUCCUCUUUCUGAUUCCGAGUUUCGAAGGUUCCUCGACCCUGUGGGUCAAAUUACGCAUACCAAAGAAUUAAAAUCUGUGAUUUAUUUAGGUGGAAUAGACCCUAGUUUAAGAAAGGUUGUGUGGAAGCAUUUGCUAAACGUUUAUCCUGACGGUAUGACUGGAAAGGAACGAAUGGAUUAUAUUAAAAAAUUAGCGAACGAAUAUAUUAGUUUGAGAGAUACUUGGAAGAAAGCUCUUGCAAGUGGAAAUGUUAAUGGAGAAUUAGGGUAUACAACCGGUAUGGUAAGGAAAGAUGUCCUCAGAACGGACAGGCAUCAUCCUUUUUAUGCAGGAAAUGACGAUAAUCAAAAUAUCACAUCACUGUUUAACAUACUUACAACGUAUGCGCUAAAUCAUCCGAAAGUGAGUUACUGCCAAGGCAUGAGCGACAUAGCGUCCCCUCUUUUAGUAACCAUGGGCGACGAAGCUCAUGCUUACAUUUGUUUUUGUGCACUUAUGUCCAGGCUGUGUUUCAAUUUUAUGUUGGACGGAAUUGCGAUGACCCAAAAAUUUACUCAUCUAGCUGAAGGGAUCAUGUAUUACGACUCAGAAUUUUACAAUUACCUCAAAGUACAUCAGGCUGACGAUCUUCUUUUCUGCUACCGUUGGCUAUUGUUAGAAAUGAAACGCGAGUUUGCCUUCGAAGAUUCUCUUCGUAUGUUGGAAGUCCUAUGGAGCUCACUUCCAGCCAAUCCUCCUCCUAAAGAGCUUAAAUUAUGCGACGUCAAAUUCCAACCGUCUUUAAAUGUUGCGAAGACGCCUCCGAUAAGUCCUCUUUUAAAAACACCAAGAGAAAAUGCCUACACCAAAGUUUGUGCACUCAGGAGACAAAGUUCUUCCAUAUCGUUAAAUAAUUAUCCCACACGAAGUGCUCCUGUUCCCAGACAAAAUCACAGUCUCGACGAAAGUUUGGGCCACAUGAAUAAAAGCAGUUCAAUAUCUUUUUCUGCCAAGUAUCUUAGCCUCGAAGAUGCUAGUUUUAUAAAGGAGGAAGCAACGCAAAAUAAGAAAGGAAGUGAUUUAUCUUCCUGCUCCGAUGAAGUGGUAGAAAAAUUAAAAGAAUUCGAUUCACAUUGUCAAACGAACAUGACAAAUUGUGUCUUAGUACAAAAACCUAAACUGGCUAAUCUGUCUGCAAGUAUGAACAAUAUUGCCGGACUUGGAAAGCGAUCUGGUCACUUCAAGCAACUCAAAGAAAAACUAGUGGCCACUAAUAUGAGUAUGUUUUCAUCCCUAGAAGGUUUAAAUAAAGACAAAGCUGCAUCCAAACAUCAGCAACGAGUCGUCAGAAACUUCAAUGAGUUUUUAUAUUUUGCAUCAUUGAAUAAAAGCAAAAGUUUAGAUAAAUCGGCCAUGUUGGGACGUUCUUCAGAUAAAAAAGAACUCACCAAAUCACUGGAAAAAGUUCAAAGGAUUCGGAGGUACAAUUCUUGUAAUUCCGCCCCAACAAGCCAUAACGACACUUCUGAAGACAACAGUCCUGAAGAAAUAAAUGAAAAGUUUAUUAUUAACAACUUAGACGAACUUGAAACGAGUUCGAGAUUAAUCGAUACACAUUCUGAUGAGAAAAUUGAAUGCGACGUAAAACACAGGCAUGAAGCUGCAACGUUAAAUAGGAGGAAAAAUAAUGUGGAAAUACACGUUACAAAUCCAGUAGAUGGUUUACAAAAAUGGUCUGAGGAAACUGACGUCUUUAGAGAGCAGCAAAACGGAGAAAUGGUGGCAUCAAGCAAUGCAGUAUUAAACACAAAUAAUCAAAAUGUUCAAAGACUGAAAAAAGCACAUUCUGACGAUUCUCAUGCUCAAAACGUUCCGAGGUCUCCAACACACAGAAGUCAAUCAAAAACUCAUAGGAAAAGCGACGAAGUCUUUGUUUGGGAAAAUCCUUUACCGGAACGAAGUCCCAGUUCCAUUUUUAAAAAUAUUAAAGACAAUUUAGACGACGUUAAAGUGGCCCCUUCUUCACCAAUAAACAAGAAACUGUUAAACGUCGACGUAAUGGCUGACGAAGACCUUACAAAUUCUUGCGAAGAGAUCACCGAGGUUAAUAAACAACUACCUGGUUUACUACCUCCUCCAGAUGAAUUCGGGGGCGGUAAUCCGUUCCUUAUGUUCUUGUGUCUUACUGUAUUGCUGCAACAUCGCGAACAUAUAAUAGGCAAAGGGAUGGACUAUAAUGAAAUGGCGAUGCACUUCGACAAAAUGGUCAGAAAACAUGAUGUGAACAAGGUAUUAAAUCAGGCGCGUCAAAUGUAUGCCGGCUAUCUUAAACAACACACUAUGGUGCAAAUUCAUCAUAAAACACAACAGGAAGAAGGAGGAGGAGACUGCUAAAAUACAAAUAGUAUGUAUUUUACAAUUUUUCUUAUUCUUGUUUUGUUUAUAAAGAAGGGUUUCGCUAUUUCAUAUAUUUUAUGGGACAGUAGUUGUCAUUUCAUAUUUCAAACUGUUACUUCCAGUUUAAUAAUCAGAUACAAAACAUUGGCGAUGAUACUACGUUUUCGGUUGUUUAAGAAAAAAACUCGAUAAGUUCUUAUUCAGCUUAAAAGAAUCUGUACUAUAUAAAAACAAAACAAUCCAAACCCCAUAACUAAUAUUAACUUGUAGAAUGCUUCUUGUACGUCACAAAUUGUUUUAAGUGAGGACACUGGCAAAAGUAUUCUUAUUUAAUGCUUCUGUGAUAGCCAGUACUUUUUUAUUCUUAUAUCAAUUUCCUUUUUCUCGUAUUUAAUGAUUUCUAUCACUUAUUUUCUUAUACAAGUAAAUUGUUUAU